AUGCAGCGAGAAAUAGACAAUCUGAAGAGAAAGCUGCACCAUGCACAGCAAAGGCAAUCUCGAUCCAGGCUUGACAUGCCUUCUGACGAUGAAAGUGUCGAUGACUAUAGACGAAGAUCGAGGACUCCCCCAAGUGAGACCUUCUCCCAUGAAGGAGAGCACUACCAGAGGUGUAGUCACAGAAGCCCAUCUCCUAGGGGCUUGGGAAACGAUGCCAUGAGCAGGGCAUUGGAUCAACUCUCCAAGUCGCCUUUUACACAUCACAUAGAAGGGGCCAUACUUCCUCAACGGUUCCAGCAGUCGACCUUCGCCAUUUACAAUGGUAAAAUAGACCAUGUGGAGCAUGUGAGCCAGUUCAACCAAAGGAUGGCUGUCCAUUCUAGGAACGAGGCGCUGAUGUGCAAGGUUUUCCUGUCUAGCUUGGGACCAGUGGCGAUGAGGUGGUUUAAUGGUCUAAAGACAAACUCCAUAGAUUCGUACAGGCAGCUGACCCAAGCUUUUGGUUCCCGCUUCGUUACGAACUGCAGAGCCCCUCAGCCUUUGAGCGCUUUGUUGUUGCUAUCCAUGCAUGACGGAGAAACCUUAAAGGCCUACUCGGACAUAUAUUGGGAGACGUACAAUGAGAUGGAAGACAAUUUCGACGACGUCGCCAUUAUCACUUUCAAAAAUAUUCUCCCAGCCGAUCACGGUUUGAGAAACUCUCUGACCAGCAAACCCGCCACCAGUAUGCGCCAACUAAUGGAUCGGAUCAACAAGUAUAAGCGAGUGGAGGAAGACCAGUUGCAGGGAAGAGGAAAAGAUAAGGUUAUCCCUCAGGAGAGGAGGGAUUUCAGGUCGGAUCGGUAUAACAACAACUGCCCGAGGAGGGACUUCGUAAGGCAACCCGAAACAACCAAUGCACAGACUGUCAACACCGUAUUCCGAGAACCAAUACAUCGAGUUUUGGAGAAAAUCAAGAACGAGCCAUACUUUAGGUGCCCGAACAAGAUGGCGGGAGAACCUUCAAGGCGUGAUUAG